AAAUAUUUGUGUUGUAGAACUCGCCAAACAUGUUGACAUUUUAAUUGUUUGUUUACUCUAAAUUUUCAAUUAGACAAUUUGUGUUUGGGUUUAUAUGGAAAGUUGUUGCGUAAAUAGAAAUUCUCCACUCGUACAAUGUCAGUGAGACAAUCUGUUCCCAUGGAUACCGGCUGGGCUUGGAUGAUAUGCCUUGGCUAUUUUGUGAGUGUAUUCUGCAUGGUAGGAAUUGCAAAGUCGUUUGGGAUUCUGAUGGAAGAGUUUGUUGGCUAUUUCAAUGUCUCUGUUGCCAUGGCAGCCCUAGUGAUGGGAGUCUCGGGAGGGAUGUAUACCAUGGCAGCUCCAGUGUGUGUACUCGCUGGCCAGCAUUUCACUCAGCGCAAGGUCGUCAUGGUAGGGGCCUUUGUGGGCGGUCUUGGGCUCUCACUGGCUGGGCUCCUACUCAGCAUAGAGUGGGUCAUACUCACCUCGGGGGCAAUGUUUGGCUUUGGCAAUGCUUGCAUAUUUGGUAAUGGCCUAGUGAUGCUGGGGCACUAUUUCAAGAAGAGAAGAAGCCUGGCCAAUGGUCUAGCCCUGUCCGGGGCCAGCAUUGGGAUGUUUGCAGUGCCCCCUCUGUUACAGUACCUUCUGGAUACGUACUCCUUAAAGGGUACAAUGGUAAUAAUAGGUGGGAUUUACAUGAAUGCGGCUGUAGCAGGUGCUCUGUAUAGACCGGUUUCCCACUACAUGGAUCCCAAAGUGGAUUCUAAGUCAGAAACAAACAAGUUGCUGGGCACCGAGCCUGCAGAAAACCAUGUUGAACUUGGAACUGUUCGCAAACAUGUUGACAGUGAUGAGAACCAUGGCGAUCAGCAGAAGUCAUUUGAUUUUGAUGAUAUUGAUAGAGAUGCUGAGGAUAAUAAAUUCAAAAUUAACAAUCAGGACGUGUUAAUAGGAAGUGUUGACAGUCUGCAUUCAUUAGCAUUAAAAACUGAAGACCAGUCUAAAUCAAACAUGGCUGACAAAGGAAAUGAGAAGAAAAAUAGGAUAACAAAUAAAUGCCUUCAGUUCAUUGUUGGUUUGUUAGACUUCAGUGUUUUAAACAAUUUUGUCGUAGAUAUGUUUGUAGUAGUCAGCUUCCUGAUUUUCUUUGGACAUUUCAACUUCGUUCUUUUUAUGCCAGCCACAGCAACUGUUCGGGGAUAUUCAAAAUAUGACAGAGCAUUCCUAGUCUCUAUAUCAGGAAUUUGCGAUCUCGUUGGACGAAUACUAGUCGGUGUGGCGGGAGACCUACAUUUCUGCGCCCGGUACAAAAUCCUUGCCACUGCAUCCCUGCUAUUCAGUCUGGUGAUAUUUGGGUUUGCGUUUGCCACCCAGUAUUGGUUGAUGGGGAUUUUAGUUGGACUGUACGGGUUCCUGGGAGGGUGUUAUGUUGCGAUUAACGCUCCAGUGCUCAUAGACCUGGUGGGACUGGCUGCAAUGCCCAAGGUGCUGGGAGUAGUGCUGUUUAUUCAGGGCCUAGGGGCUGCUUUUGGACAACCUUUGCUAGGGGCCAUCAGGGAUAUUGAAGGGUCCUUUGUAUCCGUCCAUAUUGUCUGUUCAGCAUCUGCCCUCCUUGGCUCCAUGCUUCUCUUCUUCUAUCCGAUGGUAGAGAGGCUUCAGAAACGACGGAAAAACAACAUAAAUAUCAUUGUAAAAGCUUAAGAAGAGUUCUUUUAGUUUUUAUUCAAAUUGUGUUAUUUGUGUUAAGUAUAUUGAUGAUCCUAAGGACAGUGAAGAUACAAUAAAGUUGUGAUAGUAUUAUUUUCAAAUGUUAUUAAAUUUAACUGUCACAUACCUCACCCAUUGUGCGUUUUAAUAUUUUUUACAAAAGCUUUUGCAUUAUUCAUUUAAAGGGCAUUUUUAGUGUAAGUAUAUGGCUUAUCCUAAAUACAGUGUAGAUACAAUAACAUUAAAUAUAGUAUUUUUUCUUAUUAAUAGUGAUUUGCAACUGUCACAUACCUCAUCCAUUGUGUAUUUCAAUAUUUUACAAAAUCCUUUCCUGUAUUCCUAUAAAAUCUGUUGUCCUAUAUAUAAUCAGAUUGACCUGUUUUUACUUAGAAAUACAUGUACAAUUGACAUUCUCUCCAAGGACAAUCACAUUUAAAUUGAUCUUCAAUUUUUUGUGUAUCCUUUUGCAAUAAUCUUUCAUAUUCUCAUCAAGAAUGAUUCCUAAAAACCAAUCAUUCUUUAUUUCAUGCAAUACUGUGAAACUGGAACACUGUUGUGUUUAACAGUCAAACUAUGUCACAUAAACUACAGUGAUUUCACGUUUGUUUACAUUGAUACAUGGAAAAUAAUCUCUUAAGUUAAAGAGGGAAAGGUGUUAACCCUUUGCAUGCUGGGAAUUUUGUCAUCUGCUAAUAUGUCGUCUGCUGAAUUUCUAAAAUUAGCAUUUUCUUCGAUUUUGUAUACCCCCUGAUCGAAUGAUUGGGGGCAUAUUGUUUUUGGCCUGUCUGUCUGUCUGUUUGUCUGUCUGUCUGCCUGCCUGUCUGUCUGUCUGUCUGUCUGUCUGCCUGUCUGUCUGUCUGUCUGUCUGUCUGUCUGUCUGUCUGUCUGUCUGUCUGUCUGUCUGUCUGUCUGUCUGUCUGUCUGUCUGUCUGUCUGUCUGUCUGUCUGUCUGUCCCAAAACUUUAACCUUACAGUUAAGUUUUGCAAUAACUUUUGCAAUAUUGAAGAUAGCAACUUGGUAUUUGGCAUGCAUGUGUAUCCCAUGAAACUGCACAUUUUGAGUGGUGAAAUGUCAAGGUCAUCCUUCAAGGUAAAAAGUAAAAAAAUACAAUCCAAAGCAGCGCAAUAGGGGGCAUUGUCUUUCUGACAAACACAUGUCUUGUUUCAAAUAAUACUAUAAGAAUAGCAAACAGUUUGGAUCCUAAUGAGCCGCCAUGUAUAGUGGCGUCUCAUCUGGAUCCUAAUUGUUUGCAAAGGCCUUCGAAAAUCCGGUGCCAGCACUGAAAGAGUUAUAAUUUCAUCAUUACUGAAUACAGAUUUCAUUUCCUCACAGUAUUGUUAUGACUCAGGGUAUAUAUCACUCCUCCUUUAUACAGCUUCUUUUGAAUCUCGAUGUGACCCAGUAAUAUUUUUGACUGCAAAUUUAACUCCACUUUGUUAGUAAGGAGUUUUUUUGUUAUUUUGGAGAGAAUCAAUCGUUUAAAGUCUCUGAGAUGAAUCACUUGAUAUUUGAUAUUGUAUUUCUUGUUGUUAUUAAUAUUAUGUCAACUUCUGUGGUAGAUUGUGUUUAUAAUGUUUGUUUUUACAAUUAAAAACUAUUUUUAUAUAAAUAUACCAAGAUUUGGUAAAAAAAUAUAUCAUUUCCAAACUAGGAGGCCAAAAUCACAUAAGGGCAAUGACUUUUUUACCUGUUGAUCUGAUUUAGUCAUGGUAUAGUUAUUUACUUAACAUUUUUGACUCUAUUGUAUUUUGUAUCACUUUGUUUGGAUCUGAGUUUUUAUUUACAUGUAUUUUUUACAAUUAUUACAAAAUUUCAUUAUAUUAUCGGACAAUCUAUAGAUAACCCAGUAAUAAUAAUGUUGUAUUUAUUAUUAUGAAAUGAAAUUAUGUUGUAUAUUUUUUAAUAUUUGACCUUGUCAAGGUCUUCUUUAAAAAUUAAAUUAUUUGUUUUGUUUCAAAAUAGAUGUAAUGUUAUUGUAUUUUUCUUUUAGUGUGAAUGUGAGUUGUGUUUGGUUUGCUUUUUAUGUAAUGUUUUAAUUUUUAAAGUUUUUUUUUUGUUAAAUCCCUUACACUGCUCGCCAGAGGGGGCUAUAUGUUUGCUCUUCAUCCAUAUAUCGUUCAGUUCAUUUGUGAUCCUGCAGUAGCUCAAAAUACUUUAAUGAAAUUUUUCAAUGGGGUGACAAGUCUUAAAAAGACAAUUUUAAAAUAUUAAGAAUUCAAGUAAUUUGUUUGAUACAUUUAGCACUUGAUGGAACAUGCUCAAGAAACUGUAAAACGGGUUACAUUAUGUCUCCAUAGGACACAAGAGUCUCUGUAAUGAAAUGUACAAAUUACAGACAUGCUGUUCCAACGUUGUGUUGUAAGACACACAUAGAAGAUUAAUACCAUGUUUAAACAAUAACAACACAUUGCAAUACUCUAGUCAUAAUUGCUUUACUUAAACCAAGGUAUUUAGCUUUUAGCCUCAAUCAAAAUGAAUUAAAUUGCCAUGAACAGUGUUGAAACAUUUUAUAUAAGGAAGAUAAUUCCUGAAAGAUUUCAUGAUUUAAAAAAAUUUCAAAGCCUACACAGAGGCAUAUUUGUUGCAUUUAACAAUGCCUAAGCACAUUGCUUCUGAAAAAGUGAAUGAAAAACAGCCUUACGCAUGUCUAUCCGUGGUAUCGUUCCUCUUCAUGAAUACAUCUGAAUUUUGGAAGUUAACAAAUAUAAUGUCAAUCUAUAUUUAAAAGUGCAUUUUUGGACAUAACAACGAAAACUGCAUUGAAAACGGCAUGAUUUUGACAAACUACUGGCUAGACUUUGCUCCCUGUAGUACUAUGUGUUUGAUAAUAUUGGCCCUGCUGAUUGGUUGCUAAGAUUUGUUACUAACAAUUGAAAAGCAUUAACUUUUCAGCACUUCUUCAGUGUAUUUUUUGUGUGUUAAAGUCACGAUACUAUGAGGAGGGCCGUUACUAUGAGAAUAAGGGAUAGAAACAAUUUACCAAUGUGAGGAUUGUGGUUAAGGUUGUGGAUCCUGAUAUUUUCUCUCUACUGCUUGAGCCUCUUGGUCUAGUGCAUGACUAUGUGACAGUUAGCCUGGACAUUACCAAACUGCAGUUUUUUUUAAGCUAACUGAGUCAAAAGCACAGUAAAUUGCUUUUGACAUCAUGGCAACUUUAAUAUCAGCGACACUGAUUGCAUGUUUAUUAGCUUCCACUUUACAUCAGGUGUUCUCAAGGUUUGGUGUUCUCAAAGGUCACAAAAUAUUGUUUAAGAAAGACCCUUUUGAUGUUGGUUACAGAUCACUGUAAAUAAUGUCUACUUUGACUCCAUCACAUCAUUUUUGCUUUUUCCGCCUGUGUUUUGGGAUUCAUUCUAUUUGUUACUGCUACCAAAGUACAAUAAUAACAACCCAUGCAUAAGACAUCAAACCAUGGAUUUUUUCGAUAAAAUUUCUCGCGGUUUGGUAUCAUUUCUGAUACUGGCGAUCUUCAUAACAGACAAAAAAGUAAACAUGUAAAACUUGUUUUUGGUUGGAAAUGAAUAUGAAACUUCAAAUAUGUUAAAACUAUUGACUGGUAUGUGUUAAUUUUACUUUGAUGAAUGGUUUUAUGACAGUUGUACUUUUAAUAUAUAAAAAAAUUACAAAGCUUUCAUCACUUUAAUUGAACGUUUUGCCAUAUGUUAUAAAAGAACAUUUCUAAAUUUAAUUAUCGUUUUACUGUAUUUGAAAUUGAUAAAAUAUGCACAUCAUUAUGAUCUACCGGCAAUAGUGAGUACUUGGGCUUUAGCAUGACUCCUGUUUUGCUUAGAAACUUUCAAAGCCGUGUAAUUUAAUUUACAUGUACCAGUAUUCAACUUGUAAAAAGGACCUCAACAACAGCUGCUAUGUGUUUAAGAUUUGAUUAUUUUGCAUGUAUAUUUGCUUUGUAUUGACAACAAAAAGCAUUCUUCAGUAUAUGUAGCUAUUAGAAACAAAUCAGUUGUGUAUGUAGCUAUUAGAAACCUAUCAGUUGUGUAUGUAGCUAUAAGAAACAUAUUAGUUGUGUAUGUAGCUAUAAGAAACAUAUUAGUUGUGUAUGUAGCUAUAAGAAACAUAUUAGUUGUGUAUGUAGCUAUAAGAAACAUAUUAGUUGUGUAUGUAGCUAUUAGAAACAUAUCAGUUUUAUAAGUUGUGUGACGUGAUUAUUAUUUAUAUGUUUAUAUUUAAGUAUGAACAAUGUCAUUUUUCAAUUUGUACUGAAAAGAUUGCUUAAAAUAUGUGAAGAACAUACUAACUUAGAAUCUCAUUCCCUAAAUUAAUUAUGUGUAAAUUUGAAAUUCAGAACUUAUGAAGAUGUGACCCAGAAUUGAUGCUGAUUUGUAUUUUAUAUGCACCAAUACUUGUAUGUCCAUUUCAUUGGGUUACAUAUUUUUGUGCACCCGAUCUAUUGUGAUAGCCAUUAAUCAUCAAUACUAUCCCAAAAUAAUACUAAUGAUAAUAAUAUUUUUCACAAAGUCUUAACUGUCAUGUCAACAACUAGGUCACUUGGUCAAAUUGAUUAACAUUUACUAGAGUUCAAUAUUUUUAGCACAGAUUUCUUUCAACUAGCUCAGAUUAUUUGUUUCAACAAUAAUUAUGCAGAAUUGUGAAUUCUCUAAAAACUAACGGAAAAACAAAUGUGUGAACUUCGAUGAACGUCCUAAUUCUUUUUAAACAGACAAAGAGACAUAGCGCCGUUAUAUGGCUCCCUUGUUGCGUAAUCCUAGGGCUCCAUAUCAGAAAUCGAAAUUUUAGUACUUUC